AUGCAAGAGCUUAUCUGGUAUGUGAGCGAACGCUUGGAUACGGCGAAUAGUGUUGGCGUACAGGAGCUCAUCCUGACUGUCGAUAAGUGUUUGGGUCUCUCACAGACAGUCAUGACCAAUCGCACCGACAUACGCUUCAGACACACGACCAUAAGGAAAGAGUCGUUAAGUGUGGUUUUUUGUACCGCACCAGAUGAUCCCAUCUUGGAGGUGCACCAUCGUACGCUCGUAGGACGUCAUGCGUACUUCAGUCUGCUCAUUAUGGUGAAUAUCGUAGAUGACUUUCAAGUGGCGCAGCGCGUGAUGUCUGUCUCGUUUAAGCGCAAUUUCCAAAACUCUUUGCUAUAUUACAAAAGCAGCAAUCGCACGAAUGCGCUCUUCAGCUAUCUCUACUAUCCGGAGUUUCAUUAUGUAAAUUAUACCAACUUCUUUGAGGCCUUAAAUAAAGUGUUGCGUAAACAUUUAGCUGGUGGCGUCGAUUUGCAAGGCUACAAAAUGUAUACGCCGUUAGCACAAGGACUGCCGCAUGUCUUCAGCUAUAAGAACAAGAGAGCCCAAAUUGUCUGGGGUGGUUCUGGCUAUAAUCUGUUGAAGUUAUUUGCGGACUACUGUAAUGCCACAUUGGUAUGCUUUGAAAUGCCGAAAGAUCAUCUCGGUGGCAAUGUAAUCGAUAUGAAGGCGGCGUUGGAUCUGAUACGUCACAAGAAAGUGGACGUAUUGGCACAAGCUUAUGCUUUAUUCAAGGCGGACGAAGAGCUUGGUAAGAGUUAUCCACUCAUGGUGGUGCGUUGGUGUCUCAUGGUGCCCAUUUGGAAUAGCGUCUCAACAAUGUACUACCCCUUACAACCAUUUGAUGGACUGGUUUGGUUUGGCAUAAUUUUUACUUUUGUGUCGCUGCUGUUGAUAAGGUCGCUCUGGCGUUACUGGUUGGGCAGAAAUUUGUCUGAUGGUGUCUUGGAGUGUGUGUGCUGGAGUAUUGGUUUUUCGACGCCGCAGAGUAUAAAUGCACCUUCAAUUUUUGACUUCUUCAUGUUCACCACCAUAUUCUUUUAUGGUUUCUUUCUCACCGCUAAUUAUACCUCCUUGUUGGGCAGCAUACUUACGGUCACCUUAUUUCGCGCACAAAUCAACACCAUGGAUGACUUGAUAGCGUCGAAUAUUUCCGUUAUGAUUAUCAACUAUGAAUUAGAGUUUCUGCGUUCCGGCGGUGAUGAACUACCAGCGAAUUUCUCACGUCUGUUGCUUCCAGUGGACCCGGCCACUUACAGUCAACAUCAAGUACAGUUUAAUAUGAGUUUUGCCUAUUUCAUUACGGAGGAGAAGUGGCGUUUCCUAAACUUGCAGCAACAGUACCUGAAACAACGUCUCUUCAAGCUCUCCGAUAUCUGCUUCGGUUCCUACCAUUUAACCUAUCCACUGCAGCCGGAUUCGUUUUUGCAUCGUAAUCUCGCCUACUUUAUUUAUCGCAUACAUUCAUCGGGUCUGUUUUACCACUACGAAAGAACAGCCUUCGAUUAUGCGGUGCAUGCGGGACUCGUUGAACGCACGCGAGAUAAUCCGGAGUUCAUUGCGGCAGAUAUGCAACACUUGCUUGUUGUAUUUGCAAUGCUCUGUGUCAUGCUUACCGCCAGCUUCUUUAUUUUGGCAGUUGAGCUGGCGGUUUACAGAUUGUGCAGACGUCGAAUAAUUUAA